UUGAGCCAGAGCGAGCGACAGAGCCGGUUCCGACCGAUCGACGGACGGAGGGCUAGACAGCCGCCGAGGCGCACCCGCUGCCCACUGUCCGUCCCCUCGCUCCACACUCCAGCCCCAGCGCCCGCCGCGGCCCCAGCCUCAGCCCCAGCCCUAGCCCCAGCGCGAUGCUCGGCCCUGGCGGCGGGGCACGGACGAAUACUGCACUGGGGCCCGCGCGCCCGGGUCCCUAGCGCCUGGUGUCGCCGCCCCGCCUCGGGGAGGGCCGCGGAGACCCCGGCCUCAGCUGGCCCAGGCGCCCUGCCCGCCGGGCCCGCCAAGCCCUUCCAGGAGCGCCGCCCCACCAUGCUCCUGCUGUCGCCGCGCGGCGCGCUCCUCUCCGUGUACUGCCCGCAGAUCUUUCUCAUCCUGUCCAGCGGCAGCUACCUAGCGCUGUCGUCCGUCGUGGCCCUGGGAGCCAACAUCAUCUGCAACAAGAUUCCUGGCUUGGCCCCGCGGCAGCGCGCCAUCUGCCAGAGCCGGCCCGAUGCCAUCAUCGUGAUCGGGGAGGGGGCACAGAUGGGCAUCAACGAGUGUCAGUACCAGUUCCGCUUCGGCCGCUGGAACUGCUCCGCCCUCGGCGAGAAGACCGUCUUCGGGCAAGAGCUCCGAGUAGGGAGCCGCGAGGCCGCCUUCACCUAUGCCAUCACCGCGGCCGGGGUGGCCCACGCCGUCACGGCCGCCUGCAGCCAGGGUAACCUGAGCAACUGCGGGUGCGACCGCGAGAAGCAGGGCUACUACAACCAGGCCGAGGGCUGGAAGUGGGGCGGCUGCUCCGCCGACGUGCGUUACGGCAUCGACUUCUCCCGGCGCUUCGUGGACGCCCGUGAGAUCAAGAAGAACGCGCGACGCCUCAUGAACCUGCACAACAACGAGGCUCAGGAAGGUAGGGCAGGCGCCGGGCGGGGGGUCCUGGAGGAGCGCAUGAAGCUGGAGUGCAAAUGCCACGGCGUGUCGGGCUCGUGCACCACCAAGACGUGCUGGACCACGCUGCCCAAGUUCCGCGAGGUGGGCCACAUGCUCAAGGAGAAGUACAACGCGGCCGUGCAGGUGGAGGUGGUGCGGGCCAGCCGCCUGCGGCAGCCCACCUUCCUGCGCAUCAAGCAGCUGCGCAGCUACCAGAAGCCCAUGGAGACGGACCUGGUGUACAUCGAGAAGUCGCCCAACUACUGCGAGGAGGACGCGGCCACGGGCAGCGUGGGCACGCAGGGCCGCCUGUGCAACCGCACGUCGCCGGGCGCGGAUGGCUGCGACACCAUGUGCUGCGGCCGCGGCUACAACACGCACCAGUACACCAAAGUGUGGCAGUGCAACUGCAAGUUCCACUGGUGCUGCUUCGUCAAGUGUAACACCUGCAGCGAGCGCACCGAGGUCUUCACCUGCAAGUGAGCGCCGCGCCCCGCCGCCGGCGCGCCCGUGCACGCGCACGCCGCUCCGCGCGCCCCCGCGCCGCCCUGCUCGCUCGUCCCUUCCUGUGGCAGAGCCGUGCCCCAGACCUGGCCGAGAGGGCGAGGCCCACGGCCCUGGUGUCCCUCUGGGGCCCAGGGAGUUCCUGUGCUUUUCUCUGGGGAAGCAGUGACCGGACUCCGAGCGUCCCCUCUCCCACCUGGUGGCACGGACGUGGACCUGCCAUGCCGGCGGCCGAUGCCACGCGGGACCCCACACGGAACCCCACGCGGGACGCUCCCCUGGCCGCCUCAGCCACUGGGGCCUCUGGGUGGCCUGGGCACAUGUUGACCAAGUUUAUUUAUGUGUUCUUAGUAUCAGAAAAGAGUUCUUAGCACUAAGGCAUAGCCAGUCCUAACUCUGUACCCCGUGUUAGCGCAUCUCCUGUGGCCCUCUGCUUCCUCUGCCCGACUUAGGACCGGAGGGGGCGUCCCUGCCCCAAGAGGGCCUCUGAGGAGAGCCAUGGACAGGGACCCUUCUAUUUGAAAAUCAGAUCACACAAAUCAAAAUGUCACCCACGUCGGGCUCCAGGAGUGCUAUGUCCCCUCUCUAACGCUGUCAUCCCCCCCAGCACUCCCCCCCCCAAGCCUGGCACCCUCAGUUUACAGAGCCCACUCCCACCCCGGAGCCAACCAGAACCCUCGGACAGCUCUGUGCUGGCAGUGGGCUGGGGGGGUAGGGGCGGCUGAGGGGUGUCUGCCAUCUUUGACAGAUGCAGAAACCGAGGCCCAGAAGGGCUCGAGAAUGAGCCAGAGACCUGAAGUUAUGCGUGGAGACUCCUGCCUUGGUUUGGGAGUCCUGACCGCCAGGCCAGGGCUCCUGACCCGGGGCGACGUGCUCUGGGGACUCCCAUGAUGGCAUGAGACUGUCCCAGUGUUUUGAGAAAUCUGGCUGUGCCCCUCCUACCCUGCCACCAGCCACAUGGGGAAGUGCACCCCCAGAGGCACCUGCUGGGGUCUCUCUAGUGGCCCCGUAUCCAGUCCUACCGUUGGGCCCUGACUCCAGUGCUGACACAGCUAGGAUCCAGGGUGUCACUCGGCCAGGGAUUGUCUGUCCCAGCAGGUGUCUGCCCUCCAGACCCCUCCCCCAGGGUCCCCACAUGCACACCCUCCCCUGAAGUUCAACUCACCCUGAAACUUGAGGCCCCACUCCAUUCUCAACCGUGUGCGGGGUGGGGAGAGGCCAGAACCCUGGGACGUGGGGCCGAAGUGUCCUCUGCAAACACUCCCACCCUCCCUCAGGCUCCCCGGGGACAGUGUGCAGCUGACUUCAGGUGCGCUGUCCUCCACGGCUAGUGUGCCCACCCCCUGCCCCAAAUCUAGGGUAUUUUCUUGCAGAAACCUGUGGAAAUGUGUCCUCAGGCAGCUGACAAGCCAAGCAACCUAGACAUUAGGCUGGGGUGAGUGACACUGGGCCCUGGCCCUGGCACCUACCCUGUGUGCCCNCCCC